AUGUCUACAAGCAAUGCUCCGCAACCGGUGAAACUCUCACUACCUCUCGAAUACCAGCAACACCUCUUCCAAGAGCUCCGAGCCGAAGAUGAACUUGUCGUCAUCGCCAAGGGCCUCGGCCUCAUACGCCUUGUGACCAACCUGCUGCACAGUUACGAUGCCGCUGGAAAUAACUUGGUGAUAGUCGUGGGCGCCGAAGAUAGGGAAAAUGCCUGGAUUGGGGAGGCUCUUGCUGAGUCUGCCGCAGUCAGCAUGGCUCCCAAAGCCAGAGGUCUGACCGUCGUGAACACGGAUUUCACCAGUGUCGCAGCCAGAGAGAAGAUGUACACAAAGGGUGGAAUAUACAGUAUUACAUCUCGAAUCUUGGUCGUCGAUCUUUUGACAACCCUACUUAAUCCGGAGACCAUUACCGGUAUAAUCGUUUUACAUGCGGACAAAGUGAUAGCUACAUCCCUUGAGGCUUUCAUCCUUCGAGUAUAUCGUCAAAAGAACAAGAAUGGUUUCUUGAAGGCAUUCUCUGAUAACCCAGAUCCCUUCACAGUUGGUUUCUCUCCGUUGGCUACCAUAAUGAGGAAUUUAUUCCUCCGAAAGGCUUCCCUGUGGCCUCGAUUUCACGUGACGGUUGCCAGCUCUCUCGAGGGUAAGAAGAAGGCAGAGGUCAUUGAACUCGAAGUUCCCAUGUCAGAUGCUAUGACGGAUAUCCAAACAGCUAUCAUGGAGUGUGUUGAGGUUAGCAUUCAUGAACUCAAAAAGGGUAACACUGGCCUGGAAAUGGACGACUGGAAUCUCGACAGUGCCUUACUAAAGAAUUUUGAUGUCAUAGUGAGGCGCCAACUAGAUCCCAAUUGGCACAGAGUGAGCUGGAAAACGAAGCAGAUUGUUAGUGACCUAUCGGUCCUCCGUGGAUUACUACAUUCAGUGCUAGCUCUCGAUUGCGUGUCCUUUUUGCAGCAUCUAGACACUAUUCAUGCCGCGCAUUCUCCCCAGCCAGGAUCAACGAGGCAAAGUCAAUCUCCAUGGUUGUUUCUUGAUGCUGCACAUACUAUCUUCGAUACUGCCAAGCGAAGGGUGUAUGCUAGCAACGCUAAGGCCGAUGCUAAGUCUUCCAUCGACUCGCUUCGUCCUGUCCUUGAAGAACAGCCAAAAUGGUCUCUCCUCGCGGAGAUUCUAGAAGAGAUUGAUAGGGAUCUGUAUUUCGAUCCUCCGAUGAGAGAUGAUUCUAGUGGAACCAUCCUUAUUAUGUGUUCCGAUACAGCAACAACCCGUCAACUCCGAGACUAUUUGCAAACAAUGCACGUGGAACCAAAGACUGAAAAUGACACGAAGCAGAAAAAUGAGGAGCACAAGCCGUCUGGGGCUUUUAUGAUGAGACGGAGGCUUCGAGGCUACCUCAGUUGGAAGAAAGAGUUCGCGCAAGUUAGCAAUGCGCUAUUUGCCGAAAAUCAGAAGGCUCUCGAGGGUGCGGUAGACCCUCGAAUUGCUCAAGGUGCAUACAAAGGGAGAACACCAGCAAAUAAGAGGCGUCGAAUACGUGGAGGCGGUUCUGUGGGUGUAGCUCCUAGCAGGGCUGCGAACGGAAGCGUGGCACAAUACUUUGAGAAACCUCACGAAGUUGCCGAUCUCAUGGAUGAGAUGCAAAUUACAGAAGAGGAAGCAAAGUUGAAGCCAGACAUCACAGCCGAUCCUUUAGAGGAUAUGGAUGACUAUUUUGAGCUCUAUGAGAUGCAGGAUCUAGUCGUGGUGCAUGCUUACGAAGGCGACCAAGACGAGCACGUUCUCGAAGAGAUCAAACCUCGAUAUAUCAUCAUGUAUGAGCCGGAUGCCGCAUUUAUUCGUCGGAUUGAGGUAUAUCGAUCUUCACAUAACGAUAGAAAUGUCCGAGUCUAUUUUAUGUUCUACGGCGGGUCGGUUGAAGAGCAACGAUAUCUCGCUACAGUGCGGCGAGAGAAAGAUGCGUUUACGAAGCUCAUUAAAGAGCGCGCCAGCAUGUCUGUCGUGAUGACGGUUGAUUCUCAUGGUGUCGAAGACCCUCAGGAGGCAUUCUUGAGGACAGUGAAUACCAGAAUAGCUGGUGGCGGCCGAUUAGCAGCUACAGCACAACCCCCCAGGGUCGUCGUUGAUGUUCGGGAGUUCCGCUCAUCACUUCCGUCUUUGCUACAUGGUCGCAACAUGGUAAUCGUGCCAUGCAUGUUGACUGUUGGCGACUACAUUCUGUCGCCUACCAUUUGUGUUGAACGUAAAUCCGUCAGCGAUUUGAUCAGCUCGUUCAAAGAUGGACGUCUCUAUAAUCAGGCAGAGACGAUGUUCCAGCACUACAAGAAUCCUAUGCUCCUGAUCGAGUUCGACCAGAACAAAUCUUUCACGCUCGAACCCUUCGCAGAUCUUUCAGGCAAUCUGAAAUCAGUCAACCCUAAUGAGGGGCCAUCGGAUUUGCAGUCCAAGAUUGUGAUGCUUACGCUGGCAUUUCCGAAGCUGAGGGUCAUCUGGAGCAGCAGCCCGUACCAGACGGCCGAGAUUUUCGAGGCAUUGAAGUCGCAGCAGGACGAGCCUGACCCCGUGGCGGCAGUCCGCGCGGGUCUCGAUAAGGACAUGAAGGCCGAGGACCAGGCGUUCAACCUCGAGCCACACGAGAUGCUGGGAGUAGUGCCUGGUAUUACCCCCAAGAAUUUGAAGAAUAUCACUCUAGAGGUGGAAAGUGUGCGCGAGGUGGCUAAUAUGAGUGAGGCGGAGCUCGCACCGCAUAUUGGGAAAGAGGCUGCGAGACAAGUGCAUGGGUUCUUCAAUCGCAGCUUGAUUGACUUUUUUGAUGAUUGA